AAAUUAAUAUGGAAAUCCUUAACUAAUUUGCAUUUUUUCAUUACUCUGAAUGUUAAUUUAUUGAUUCCAAACAAAAAAAUGCUACCUAAACCCCAAAAAAUCCAGGACUAAGGACCCGCCUUAAAGCCAUUAAGUAAAUUUGAAACUUUAUACUAGCAUCCACCACUUUCCAUCCACAUCAGAUCUGAUUGACAGUCGACACUGUGACUAAGUUACAAAAUAUCCGGAAAGAUUCCGAAUAUACAAUGUGUACAUGCAGUGUAAACCAUGCGGCAUGGCGAUUGGCAUUUGAUCUACAUCCGUCCACUGUAUAACACAUGUUUACAAUCAUGUCGGAGAUUUGGAAGCUUGCUUUUUUACUGUCGCUAUUUCAUAACGUGGAAACCUCGCCCGUUGUCGCGCUAAAUGGAGCGAGCAUGGAGAUGACUGAAAAUGAGGUCAAGACUCUGACUUUCAAUUUUACCGAGAUUGACAGACCUGUAAAUUUUUUUGUCCGAAGUUCAGAUAUCGAGAUUUUCACAGUUAUCGAUGGCAUUCAUCACAAUAUUACUGUUGGAGAGCAUGGGAAUUUUUCAGUCCGAAUUCGCGGUGAAUUUUUAGGACGUGCCAAAUUGCAUUUGUUUGUAAACAAACUGUUCCAAGGGACGAAACUCAACAAAGCGAUACAUGUACCGGGUGCUCAUGAGAAUGAAACCUGGUACGAAGUGACGGAAUAUGUUGAUAUUGUGGUAAAGCGAGCUGACAGUCCGUUGAAUACAAUAUUUACUUCCAUUGUGAUCGUGCUAGUGUGUCUGGCAAACAUUGCCAUGGGGUGCAAAACAGAGCUGAAGGAAGUGAAGAAAACACUGAAGAGGCCUAUCGCACCUGUCACCGGCCUUCUGUCACAGUUUAUACUCAUGCCUCUGAUAUCUCUUGGAGUGGGUUACCUAUUGGGUUUAGAAGCAGCCUUGUGGUUUGGAUUCUUUGCUAUGGGUACAUCACCAGGGGGCGCUGCCAGUAACAUAUACUGCUAUCUAUUGGAUGGAGAUGUGUCUUUGAGCGUUACUAUGACAUUCAUCAGCACCUUGUCAUCAUUAGCCCUGAUUCCUGCCUGGAUCUACGGUGUCGGAAUAAAUGUGAUUUACAAGGACAUAGAAAUCUCCAUUCCCUUCACUAAUAUCUUCACUUCUCUGAUUGGCUUGAUCAUUCCUGUGGGGAUCGGAAUUCUGAUUCAGAUGAAGAAACCCACCUGGGCAAAGUUCAUUGAGAAGUGUGUCAGACCAAUCACAGUCAUCUUUGUAAUUUUGGUGUUUACCAUUGGAGUUUAUGCCAAUUUAUAUGUGUUCCAACUGCUUAAGCCUCUGACAUUGCUAGCAGGUGCCCUUAUUCCAUAUUGUGGUUUUGGUUUUGGUGCUCUUGUUGCCUUUCUCACUCGACAUGACAGACAGAGAAUUCUCACGAUCGCCAUAGAGACUGGCAUACAGAACACAGGUGUUUCCAUUGUGAUGCUUCAGCUCUCACUACCUGCUCCAGAUUCAGACAUCGGCAUCGUGGCUCCGAUUGUGUGUUCCAUAUUCACUCCUAUUCCUAUGGCAAUAGCUAUCAUAUCAUAUGAAAUAAAGAAACGGUGCUUCACAAAGAAAGAGCCUACAAACAGUGGAAAAUUAGAUGAACUGGAUUGUGGUAAAGCUGCUGAAAAAUCUGAGAUCAAAGGGUUGUCUUACCAGCCUGUGAAUGAGAAAGGAAGCGACAGUGAGACUGAAACUGCCCAAGCUUUGAAGAAGAAGGAUUCAAAAUAGAGGAGUGGGGGGUUGUGACUUUUGAAAUGUGUAUUUAGUGUGCCAUUGCAUAUUUGCAGAGGGUCAUCUUGGGUGUAUCUAAUGGGUAACUUAGCUCAGAUUAAUUAAGGACAUCUAUAUCUUCAAAUUUUUAAUACAUGUACAUGGAUACUGGUUUUAUGUGAAUAUACAAAUUAAUAAAUUUUACAUUCCAUUUAAGUGAUUAGAUGGAAAUUUUAUGAGACCUGGCACAGUGUGAAUCUCCAUUUUCCAAUUAGAGCGAUUUACUCUUAAUUUCAGAAUGAUAUUAAAUAUCCAGCUCAUUUAUCUGAAUGCCCACCAGAUGCAUACUCAUUGAUGGACAAGAUGUACAUGUACAAGUCUUUGAGUGUUUUCUUAAAAUUUUGUUGACUGGUAUGUAUGUGUUCGAAUGCAGUUGAAGACUUGUGUCUGUUUUGAAUUUUAUUUUAAGAAAUUAAAGUUUUGAAUUUUUUUGUUGAAAACAUGCAGGCACUGGUACUAUGCUUUUAUUUUGGGUGUAUCAUUUUUUACUGAAUUUUUUCUUGAUGAUAUAAAUGACAUAUCAGACAAAGGUUUACUGCCAAAAAUACUGUUGGUACAUGUAAGUCUAUUGAGCCGUACCUCUAGAUUUGGUAAUUUACAGUGUAUGGUUUUAGCCAGCUUGCCCCCUGUUUACUGGGCUAUGUUCUUGUAUAUAUGUGAAUUUUUAAAGUAUCAAACAUCUAGAGAUAUUUUAUCAUACUACAAUGUAUGUUUUAAGUUAUCAGUUUAUAUUACAUGUACAUUAUGAUAUCUACAUAUAUUACAUGUAUUAUGAUAUCUACUGAUAUUUGAUAUGAUGAAUUAUACACACAAGCAUGCAUCAUUUCAUAUAUGGUUAAUGAUAUUGUUCAUCAUUUAGAAUGAUUCAUAAAGACUGAGUAAUACUAUAUAUGUCACAUGGUAUUUUUUAAAUUCUGGAUUGAAUGGAGAGAACGUACAUUCAGAAACCCAUAUAUAGUAUCGAAUGCUUAGUUAUUACAGAAUCUUUGCUGUUGGUGAUUAGAUUUUUAUGCUCCCCGAAAAAUUCUCAGGGGAGCAUAUAGUCACCGUUAUGUCUGUCCAUCUGUCCAAGUUCAUAUCUCCUAAACCUUCCAUCAGAAAUUGAUCAUGAAUACAGUGUAUUCCCUGAGACAGGGACUUUUUGACCAAGGUCAUUUUGGAAAUGUCAAGGUCACUCAGAACAUAUACAUGUACCAUACACAUAUAAGGAAAAUGUUCCUUAUUUCAACAGUUUUUGAACAGGUAUUGAUCAUAUAUACAUACAAAUAAGUAACAGGCAAAUGACUUUCAGACAAAGUCACUCAAGAUCAUUUUUGAAAGGUCAAGGUCACUCAGAACAUAACCUUACAUAAGGAAAAAGUUCCUUAUUUCAACAGCUCUUGAACAGGUAUUAACUAUAUAUAUAUAUAUAUAUAUGUAUAUAUAUAUAUAUAUAUAUAUAUAUAUAUAUUUAUAUAUACAGUGAAACUUCUCCAAACCGACCCCUCAGAAAACCGGUUCUCCCUGAAUAUCGGCCGAUUUUCAAAGUCCUGGCAGAAAUCUUAACAUUUCCUUACAAAGAAAGUCUUACAAAACCGGCCACCCCUGAAAACCAGACAUCGGCCACUUUUUAAAGUACAUUUGUUAACAAACAUGUGUAAUUUACCCUUAUAAUACUGGCCACUUUUUGAAGACAAGAAAAGUUUGGCCAGAGGGUGAUCAAAAUCGGCCAGGUGUGCAAAUUGACUGCCCAACUGGCCAUGUGGGAAAGUAUCUAUGGGAGGUGUGAAAAACACAAGUGGCCUCCAUAAUUUCUAUUGUUUACCUGUGCAAUCAUGGGUAUUAAGUGACACUUAGCUAAUCCAAAGGACCCUUCCAAAUUUUGUACAAAGUGUUAAAAACAGUUAGGAACAUAUUGAAUGAAUAAGUAUCAAACGCCAUAUUGUUUCACCAUACUAUCGCAUUGAUAUAAGCGGUAUUUGAUAAAGCACAAACCCAUGACUGUUAAUGAUAAUUAUUAAAUGAUAAAUGAAUUUUCUUGGUUUCCAUAGACUUAAAAUUCCUAAGAAAUAUUCAAAUUACAAUUUCAUAUUUAUUACUGUACUUUUUAAAAACGUCAAAACAAAUUUGUUAAUGAUAUAAGCAAUGAAUAUAAACAGAGUGUUUAUAGGUAAGAGGAAUUCCAAUUUUUUUUAGGUAUCGUGUUAUAAAUUUUCAGUUAAAAAUUAGCUGAUUUCAGCGAGAAUUUAUAAUUACCUGCAGGUACAAACGGACUAAUUUGAUCUCUACCGAUAAUUUAUCAUAGAUCACCAGAACAAAGUGAACAGUACCUACUUUGACAAUAUUGAGAUAAAAUGUCUCUAAAUGCUGAAUUCUCGGUAAACCGGCCAUCCCUCUAAACUGGCCGUUUUUAUUGGUCCGAGAGCCGGCCGGUUUAGAGAAGUUUCACUGUGUAUAUAUAUAUAUAUAUAUAUAUAUAUAUAUAUAUAUAUAUAUCACAAAUAAGUAACAGGCAAAUGACUUUCAGACAGAGGUCACUCGGGGUUAUUUUUGAAAGGUCUAGGUCACUCAGAACAUAUAAUCUUCAUUUCAACAAUAUUUCAACAAUCAUUGAUCAUUGUGCAAGUCAUUCAUCAUAUGAAGUAAUUCAUUGGUUAGAUGCAGUUUGGGGAGCAUCCAUCGGUUUAACUGAUAUUCUUGUUGGUUGUGUAUGGAUUAGAGAGGUUGUCCUGAAUCAUCAGUGUUACUGCCCCUGAUAGUGGUCCUGUCCUGGGCUCAGUAUUGUGGAGUAUUAGUAACUUUCUGAUCUUCAUUAUCUGGCUUACAUAGAUAAUACACCUAUUAAUUUAUGUCCAUACUGUACACCAUGAGUCAUAUUGGUUCAGAUCCUCACUCAAAUGGGCUUUUAUUAUCUGGUUCGGGUAUUUGGAGCAGUCACACUUUCAAGUUAUAUAUCAUUUCAAGGAAGGCUUGUGUGAACCUAUGUAUGGAUAUUAAUGCCAUGGGUCUACUGAUGCAUGUUGCAGGUCAUGAUGUGGAUGCUCCGCAAGUCCCUUAUUUCUGGAUGUGUAAACGAGUUCAAUAGUUUUUACUAUAUAUUCCUUAUUUUACGUGAGUACAUGUACGUAAUAUAGCGAAAUGACUCGGAUACAUCAAAUCACGUGAACAUGAAUUCGGGUGUCGUCUGUUGUUAAUCAAGAGUACUUAAUGUAUAUUAGCAACAGAAAAUUAAAAGUGGGUAAUUUUAAUUUAUUUCACGAGUGAUGUCUAUCGUGAAAUUACAUGAUAUUAAUAAUUCCUCGUGUGUAUUUAGGAAUCUACAGUAUUGCAGGUUCAUUCCUAAUUAAGUUUUACUUGGGCCAUUUUCUUCCAAGGAUGAACAUUUAUAAGACAUUAUUUGUAUAGCAGACAUGCUUCAAAUUUGCUGCCUGUCCACUCAUAUUGUAGCCAUACAGUACUAAAUUUGUGUAAAUGCAGACUAGCAGUCAUGCUAAAAAACAGUGUAUGAUUAACUAAUUACUUUUUUUUUCUAAAAGAGGGACAUGGUUAAAUUUUAUAAAAGGAAUCUAUAUCAAAUAAUAAAGAAAAAAACUUCAUUAAGCACAAUUUCAUAUAUUGUGCAUCUGAGGAUGCAGUAUAUAUUGUCACAAAGAAUCUUUUUCGGUAUGUGAAUUUUGGAUACAUUUUAGCAUGUACGUGUAAAUAGUUUUUUGUAGGUAGGAAUGUAUCAGUAGUGAUGUUGAGGACAGAUUUUUGGUAUGAAACUGUGCUUCAUCUCAUUAUAGAUGGAGAAUUAUCUUUGAUUAUGCCAGGUAUUUUAUACCCCUUGAAUCCAGGGGCCAGGGCCUUCAAGUUUGGAAAAAAUAGCAAUAUUUGAUUAAAAUUGGGAAAUUUGUUUCAUACAAAUGAAUAAGAAAAACAAGCAAAAAGUUAACCAUUUGAUAUUUUAUUAUCAAUGUGCCUGGCUUAAACAAGCUUUAAUUUCCAGUCUUUGGCAGAGAAAAAACUGUCACACAUUUUUUGCACCAGAGUGGCACUGCAUGAGGUUGGAUGGUCCCUCAUGGCAUAUUCUCAUCAAAGCAUCCAUCAUUUGGAAAUUUUUGGACAUCAUUUUGGGAAAAACACCUGCUUUUCAGCAUUGGGAAUGGGGCCGAAUUUCGGCCCUCUACAGACCCUUUAAAAAAAUCCCUGUAUGCUGUUUGAUUAUUCCUGAUGGUUGAUUAAAAUUAUAAUUGUAUUUUACUACAUGCUUAUACCACUUCAGUUGAUCACCUCCAGAACCGGGCAGGGUGAAGUGUUCAGCUAAAUGUGUCCAAAAUUGAGUUCACUUGAUAAUUGAAGUAGUUUUUAGAAGGAUUUCCAGAUUGUGCAGAAAUUUAUUGCAGAUAAAAAAAACUUCCUUGUUUGUAGACGUACUUUUGUUCUUGUUAUAAUUUUCUUUGUUAUGGUUCAUGUUUUAUGUAAGAUUAUAAUGUGUCUUAUUUUGUAAAUUUUAUAUAUCAGCGUCUAGUCAUUGUGUUAAUAAUAUUCAUUAUAUGAACAUAUACACAGCGCUUAUGAUUCUUCAGUAUGCAUUUUUUUGCAUGUAUACAUAGUCAUUGUAGUUGAAGACUCAAUUCUUCCCUUAUUUUGUGCUUUCCAGAUGUAUGUGCAUAGUAAUACAUGCAUAUCAAGUUGUUGGAAUUUUAAUUUUUUUGAGAAAUAAUAAUUAUGCAUGAUUUUUUCAGUGUCAUCAUGAAAUACCUCUUUUUUUUCAGAACAAAAUGUGAUGAUGAGGCCACAUUUUAAAAGAAUGUUUGUUUCCCCUCCCCCGGUCUAGUUUAUGUAACAGACCAGGCAGGUACUUUUUUUCACCUCCCCCAGGUCUUGUUUAUGUACCAGACCAGGCAGGUACUUUUUCACCUCCCCUUUGUCUAGUUUAUGUAACAGACCAGGCAGGUGCUUUUUUUUCACCUCCCCCGGGUCUAGUUUAUGUAACAGACCAGGCAGGUACUUUUUUUUCACCUCCCCCAGGUCUUGUUUAUGUAACAGACCAGGCAGGUACUUUUUCACCUCCCCUUUGUCUAGUUUAUGUAACAGACCAGGCAGGUACUUUUUUUCCACCUCCCCCGGGUCUAGUUUAUGUAACAGACCAGGCAGGUACUUUUUUCACCUCCCCCGGGUCUAGUUUAUGUAACAGACUAGGCAGGUACUUUUUUUCAACUGGAUGUUUAAUAUGGAUGUGUGGUUCGACUUAUACACAUGAUCCCACUAUUUAGAUAUAGAUUUUUUAUGCAGAUUGGAUAAAUUUAGAUCAUGAAUCCUUUUGCUUUCAAGUGCUAUUGUUCAAGGCUUAGAGUAGAUUUGUCGAAUAUCAAAUGCAAGUGGAUGGAUAUAUAAACAUUUUUCCCUAAUAAAUUUAAUUAGGGAGACAAGCCCUUUGAACUUUAUUUGACAGACAGCUUGAUCAUAUGACAAGGUGUAGAUUCCUAAUUCCAAAUGCAAUAGAAGUGUAUACUAGCUGUCUUCAUUAAUAUCAGGAUAUUUGCCUUCCUUGAAAAUUUCUAACAAAUAAAACUGGUAAUUAAAUCAAGAAAAUCAAAACUUUACACAUUUAUUACAAAUAUAUCAUAGUUUGACUAGAACAAAUAUUUGGGUUUUAAAAAAAAACUGGAUGUAGAAUUAAACUUAAUUAUCAUAUAAAAAGCAUAAACUGUCCCAUACUAAUUUAAUUCUAUAUCCUAUAAAAUAUAAUUUAAAAAAAAAUUAGAUUCCUUCCUUAUAAUUGAAUUCUCAACACUAAAAGAUGCAAAUAAAUGCGAUCUUGUCAUCCAUCUUUCCAAUCUUGAUUUAUCCACUGAAUUGAUUAAUAAACUCAGAGACUUCAAGAAACACUACUGGUAAUUGAAAAAAAAUCAAUUUUAUUUGGGGGGGGGGGGGGGGGGCUUAGUUUUGACCUGGUCAGGUGAGGGGAAACAAACAUAUAUUUCAUUUUGGCCUGAUGGUAUUUUGCAAUAAUUACACUAAUAAUUAAUUAUCUCCUUUCCUUUAUGUACAAUAUAUAUGUAUUGUUUGUAUAACUGUACUUCUAGUUAUAGGAACUAGUAUAUGUAUGUAACUGUUGUUGGAGCAUUUACUCAUAUUGUGCUAUCUGUUUUGGUCUUUGGACUGAACACAUUACAAGAUAGCUUUCUGGUUCAUUGCAGUGACCGUGUUGCACUACAUGCAAUCACAUCUAUCCAUGAUCAAAUCUAGUCUGAAUUCAUUCAUCUAGGCAUUUGUCAUUUCCGGUGCUAAACUGCUAAAUGUGUGAAGAGCCCAGAUAAUACACAUAUUGGAUGCCACUUGUCAAAUCAUUCAUUUCAGAAGUGACAUAGCCAGUUGAAUUGGAUUGAUAUACAAUGUGUGCAUGUAUUGGUAUUUUAUUAUACAGUGUCUGUACAAACAUUUA